UUUAAUUCCUUAAGUAUUGCCAGUACCUAUACUUCCUAUGCCAUAGAUCAAUCUUCCAAACAACCUUGAAGUUGCUCCUCCUCCUCUUCAAGUAAACUCUCUUCGUUCUCGUCUUCCUGAUCUUAGUAAUGAUAGCACUACUCUUGUUCCUAAUAUGAUAGUAGCUCCCGAUGAAACAUCUCUUGCACCUUAGUCACCUGCUCCAGUUGCCUUCAUCAGAUGCAGUAACUCCACCAAUUUCCAUACGCAAAGGGUGGAGAGGUGCUAUGAUCGAAGAAAUGACUGCUCUAGAAACCAAUAACACUUGGGCAUCAGUCCAGUUACCGGAGGGAAAAUCUAUCGUUGGAUGUCGAUGGAUAUACACAGUAAAGGUAGGAUCGGAUGGAACUAUUGAUCGGCUAAAAGCACGCCUUGUUGCCAAAGGAUAUACCCAAAUGUAUGGCCUUGACUACGGCGACACAUUUUCUCCGUUGCCAAGAUUGUAUCUGUCUGAUUGCUUAUCUCCUUAGCAGCAAUGCGUCAUUGGCCACUUCAUCAACUAGAUAUUGAUGCAUGCCGGAUGAGCAUGCCUAACAAUUUGCAAGUCAACAUCAUAGCAUUUGAGUGAUUUAAAGGAGUUAAGAUCAAGAAAGCUAUACUUGUAAUAAAUGACUAAGCUCCUUAGAAUUAGCUUAAGGGUAUUUGGGUCAUUUGUGGCCAAAUACCCGCUCUAGUAUAAAUGGCCCGUAAGGCUUUUAUUUUAGGUAGACUUGAUGAAUGAUAAACUUGAAGACAUGCAAGUCUCACCCUUUA